AUGAGUCAGGCUAUUAUUUCUUACGUGCUGUCAAAGUUAACCAACAUUGCUGAUGUACGGCCGGCGGACGUCGAAACUUCGCUUCGAGACUGUAGUAUUGCUCUCAAGAAUGUCUCAGUGUGUAGAGAUACUCUGAAUUCUGUUCUUCCUGUAUUAGCAGAGGAUUGCACAAUCCUUAGCAUGACUGUAUUUCUCCCAAGUUUUACCACUUCGGAAUCUAUUUUUGCGGUUAUUACGCAGGUCCGUCUUGUGACUAAGAUGGGCUUACCUCAUCUCUUACCAGAGCGCACCAUGGAGGGGAUCCUCGGCAGCAUCACGAAUGAGACGAUUUUAGGUUGCCCGAAGACUAACUUAUCGAGCGAAGCCGGAAACAAAAUGCUAUCUGAAGAUGAGGAGCUGUUAUAUACUGAAAAUGAAGUAGCAGAGGAAUGCACCAUCACAUCUUCGGAAGACGCAGGUGAAUAUCAAGACUUGCUAUCCUGUCGCAGUGAUGGCGAGCUUCUUGACACCGAGAGCACUAGCCUAUUGUCAUUUGAUAGGAGGAGUGCCUCAGAUACUAAUGUGUCGACAAGGGGUGGCUUCUUAUGCUUUAAAUUGUGCAUUGAACUCACUAAAAUGGAUCCGGCAGUGGUCUAUCCAAAUCAUUAUUGGAGACUCCACUUUCUUAUUGCACUUUGA